CAAUCUAUUGAUGAGUUGAACGGGAGUACAUCUUCAUUCUGUAUAUGCGACUUCCAUGCUCGUGCAUACAAUUCCAUCGUCUUCGUUGUCUUCAAUCGGAGUUAAGACUUACAGCAAUGCGCUGCCGUCACAAAGAAAUGGUAGUCGAGGAAGAGGCGGCUAUUGUAUUGUUUUCGCAGCCUCACCUUCUUCAACCAAAGAUGUGUGGAGAAGAAGAAGCACCUUCCGUGAAACGACGCAGCUUCAUCGCCGAAGAGAGCAAGUAGCGUACUUAGACCACAGCGUCGACAUGGACGAGCUCCUGUUGUCAAUCGGCCAGACUACGAAUGAGCAAGAACUGUACGCUCUGAUGUCGCCGUACAAAGGUCGGCAACUUUCCAUUCGGUUCAUGGUGACCCUUCUCUCUUGCGAACCGGACUGGCAACGAUCGCUUGCUCUGCUCGAUUGGAUCAAUGAGGUGGCUUUGUAUACGCCGUCUGUGUUCGCUUACAACGUCGUUAUACGUAACGUGCUCCGGGCGAAGCAAUGGCAGACUGCACACGGCCUGUUCGAGGAAAUGCGGCAACGAGCGCUUUCGGCGGAUAGGUACACGUAUUCGACUCUUAUAACGCAUUUUGGUAAAGCGGGUAUGUUUGACGAUGCCUUAUCGUGGCUUCAGAAAAUGGAGCAAGACCGUGUGACUGGCGAUCUCGUUUUGUAUAGCAAUCUGAUCGAGUUGUCUCGUAAACUAGGUGAUUACUCCAAGGCGAUAUCGAUAUUUUCGAGGUUGAAGCGGUCUGGCAUUUUGCCUGACCUGGUUGCUUACAAUUCAAUGAUUAAUGUGUUCGGGAAGGCUAAGCUUUUCCGGGAAGCACGUUUGCUUCUUCAGGAAAUGAGAUCAGCGGGUGUUGUUCCUGACACUGUGAGCUAUUCAACGCUUCUGAGCAUGUAUGUUGAGAACCAAAAGUUUGUUGAGGCAUUGUCUGUGUUCUCGGAGAUGAAGGCAGCUAAGUGCCUGGUUGAUCUUACUACGUGCAACAUUAUGAUUGAUGUGUAUGGGCAGCUUGAUAUGGCCAAGGAAGCUGACAGGCUUUUCUGGAGCUUGAGGAAGAUGGGAAUUGAACCAAAUGUUGUUAGCUACAAUACGCUUUUGCAUGUGUACGGUGAGGCUGAGCUCUUCGGGGAAGCCAUACAUCUGUUUAGGUUGAUGCAGAGGAAAGACAUUGAGCAAAAUGUCGUUACUUAUAACACCAUGAUUAAGAUUUAUGGGAAAUCUCUUGAGCAUGAAAAGGCGAAUAAUCUUAUUCAGGAGAUGCAGAGCAGAGGGAUUGAACCCAAUGCCAUUACAUACUCAACCAUAAUAUCUAUAUGGGGUAAGACAAGGAAAUUGGAUCGAGCAGCCAUACUGUUUCAGAAGCUUAGGACUUCUGGGAUUGAGAUUGAUCAGGUCCUAUAUCAGACUAUGAUUGUGGCUUAUGAGAGGGCAGGCUUGGUUGCACACGCUAAGCGCCUGCUCCACGAGCUUAAGCGCCCAGAUAGCAUGCCCAGGGAGACUGCUAUAACAAUUCUUGCUGGAGCUGGGCGUAUAGAAGAGGCUACAUGGGUAUUUAGACAGGCUUUUGAUGCCGGGGAAGUUAAGGACAUAUCCGUAUUCGGCUGUAUGAUAGACCUUUACUCAAGAAAUAGAAAGCACACGAAUGUCAUCGAGGUUUUUGACAAGAUGAGAGGGGCAGGCUAUUUUCCUGAUUCCAACACUAUUGCUCUUGUCCUGAAUGCUUAUGGGAAGUCGCGGGAAUUUGAGAAGGCGGAUGCUGUCUAUAGCGAGAUGCAGGAAGAGGGUUGUGUUUUCCCAGAUGAAGUUCACUUCCAGAUGCUGAGUCUCUACGGCGCAAGGGGGGCCUUUGACAUGGUGGACUCCUUGUUUGAAAAGCUCAACUCUGAACCUAAUGUGAACAAGAAAGAGCUGCAUCUUGUUGUUGCAAGCAUUUAUGAAAGAGCCAACAGACUCAAUGAUGCAUCUCGAAUAAUCAAUCAGAUGGGUGAUUUUGGUGCUUUGGUUUCAUGAUUGUAUUAGGAAGUCUAAAUCUUAUGAAAGGAUGGAGGGAGGAACUCUCAAACUGCUGUAAAUUUCAAUUCUUUUCAGGCUGAUAUCUCUGCAGAUACUGUAUUUAGUGAUGCUUUUUACACACUGUUCAUUGUCAGCUCCGAUUGCUUAGAUUAAUGUUGUUUUUCCCUUACGUUCAACUUAUUUUAGACAUGUAAAUUUCAACUUAUUUUACCCUAAUCCUUAGAAUUUAAAUUUAUUUAUGAGCAUAAUAAUUUUUUGAG